AUUUGAAAAACAGGAGUAGCGUUGGCAUUUUAACCACCGACUGUUCACUCCACCUUAACAAGCCGAUGUCAGCUUUCAUGCUGUUUUUUUUUGUAUUGACGUCAACUACAUACAGCACAAAACAGAGGCUUUCUUCAUAUAUCGUAUGGUAGGAAGAGAAUAUGGACAGAUAGAGAGAUACUGUUGGAAAUUCUAGACCAAUUUGACCGCGACAGCUGCUGAUUUUUCUCUCAUAACUACUAGGAAGACGCCGUAUUUAAGGAUAACCGCAACACAGCCAUCGUUGCCCAGAGUGCGGCCAAGGCAAGAGCCAACGACCGUCACAUCCGGCACCAUGAUGGAGGGGGGCAUGCAGCUGCUCAACCGCGAUGGUCAUAGCAUCUCACACAACUCAAAGCGCCACUACCAUGACUCCUUCGUGUCUAUGAACAGGAUGAGACAGCGUGGUUUGCUGUGUGACAUUGUGCUCCAUGUCUCCAACAAAGAAAUCAAGGCUCACAAAGUGGUGCUGGCAUCCUGCAGCCCCUACUUCCAUGCUAUGUUCACCAACGAGAUGUCAGAGAGUCGGCAGACCCAUGUGACCCUACAUGACAUCGACCCUCAGGCUUUGGAGCAGCUGGUCCAGUACGCCUACACAGCAGAGAUUGUGGUGGGAGAGGGCAAUGUGCAGACAUUGCUCCCAGCAGCAAGCCUGCUGCAGCUCAACGGGGUGCGGGACGCCUGCUGUAAGUUCCUCCUCAGUCAGCUGGACCCUUCUAACUGCCUGGGCAUUCGCGGAUUUGCUGAUACACACUCCUGCAGUGACCUGCUCAAAUCGGCACACAAGUAUGUCCUACAGCACUUUGUGGAGGUGUCCAAGACAGAGGAGUUCAUGCUGCUGCCACUGAAACAGGUCCUGGAUUUGAUCUCCAGUGACAAUCUUAACGUGCCAUCUGAAGAGGAAGUUUACCGAGCCGUACUGAGCUGGGUCAAACAUGACAUAGACGGACGCAGGCAGCAUGUCCCCUGGCUGAUGAAGUGUGUGCGGCUGCCACUGCUGAGGAGGGACUUUCUCAUGAGUAAUGUGGACACAGAACUAUUGGUGCGUCAUCACUCUGAGUGUAAGGACCUUCUGAUUGAGGCGCUCAAAUAUCACCUGAUGCCUGAGCAGAGGGGAGUUCUCAGCAACAGCCGGACACGCCCACGACGCUGUGAAGGCGCCAGCCCUGUGCUCUUUGCAGUUGGUGGUGGAAGUCUGUUUGCCAUCCAUGGAGACUGUGAGGCAUAUGACACCAGGACAGAUCGCUGGCACAUGGUGGCAUCUAUGUCUACUCGGCGAGCACGUGUGGGCGUGGCAGCCAUUGGGAACAGACUCUAUGCGGUUGGAGGGUAUGAUGGCACAUCGGACCUCGCAACAGUGGAGUCUUAUGACCCUAUCACUAACUCUUGGCAGCCUGAGGUUUCCAUGGGAACACGACGGAGCUGUCUGGGUGUAGCAGUCCUUCAUGGGCUGCUGUAUGCUGCUGGCGGUUAUGAUGGAGCUUCGUGUCUAAAUAGUGCUGAGCGUUAUGACCCUUUGACCAGCACAUGGACUUCAAUUGCUGCUAUGAGCACCCGUAGAAGAUAUGUUCGAGUUGCAACACUUGAUGGCAGCUUGUAUGCGGUGGGAGGUUAUGACAGCUCCUCACAUCUUGCAACAGUGGAGAAAUAUGACCCUCAGAGCAACACGUGGACAGCUAUUGCCAACAUGCUAAGUAGGCGCAGCAGUGCGGGUGUUGCAGUACUGGAUGGCAUGCUGUACGUCGCUGGAGGCAAUGACGGCACCAGCUGUCUAAAUUCUGUGGAGCGGUUCAACCCCAAGACCAACACUUGGGAGGGAGUGGCCCCCAUGAACAUACGCAGGAGCACCCACGAUCUUGUGGCUAUGGAUGGCUGGUUAUAUGCUGUGGGAGGUAACGAUGGCAGCUCCAGUCUCAACUCCAUCGAGAAGUACAACCCCCGCAGCAACAAAUGGGUUGCAGCCUCCUGUAUGUUCACACGACGCAGCAGUGUGGGCGUGGCUGUGCUUGAGCUGCUGAACUUCCCGCCACCCUCCUCGCCCACCCUUUCGGUUUCCUCCACCAGCCUUUGACACGGGGUCACCGCUUGGCUGACCUCAGCCUCUGCUGCUACAGCCCAGACUGGCUCUGGGAAGAGACGCAACUGCUCUGUUUGAGAUAGGGAGGAGGAGGAUUAUGGGAGUGGACAGGUGAAUACAUGAAGGGAGGAGAAAAAGAAAUAAGGUAGAUGGCACCUAGCUCACUUGUCAUACAGUGCCCUCCAGGUGUUGUGGCUCUCUCGGUAAAGAAUGCUUUUCCAUGGUUUACGUUUUUAAAUUCACUAUAAAAAUACAGAACUUUUAAGGUUCAUUAAUGUGCAGCACCCUUUAAUCUCAAAACAUGUUACACAUAAAAAUUCUUUAAUUACAAAUAGUUGAAGCUAGAUUACAUGGAUCUACUAUGAUUUUCCUUGAUUUUUUUUAUUGGUCAAACCAAUACCACUUUUUGUUUGUUUUCUUACCAAGUUUGCCAUUUCUCCUGGACUGCACUGUAUGUGGCCUGGAUACUUACACCUCCACUGUACAGCUCCAGCACACAGAUACCAGCUCCCACUCCCUAAUAAAGAUGUAUUUACACUGA